UUCUCUCUGGCUCCUCCAGACGGAAGCUCGCUGGGUGUUUCUCCAGAAGUUUCCCCCCCUGGGCGGCGGCACAGACUGCACGAAGUAUGGCGGCAGGACCUGUAACGGCGGCAGAGUUGCUCCCUCCCUUGUCGGAUGGACAGAUCGAUGAGGAUCCCCGGGCGGCCGCCGAGAUACUGACAAGAGCACUGGAAGAGAAACCAGAUGAUGCAGAAUGUUACUGCCAAAGAGCUUAUGCCCACAUUCUUUUGAAGAAUUACUAUGAAGCUGUUAUAGAUGCAAAGAAAUCUCUUGAACUCAGUCCAUAUAAUUCCACGGCUCUGCUGAGGAAAGGGAUAGGUGAAUACCAUGAAAAAAACUAUGAUGAGGCUUUACAGAGUUUUACAGAAGGACAUAAAUUAGAUGAUGCAGAUAACACUUUUGAUAUCUGGAUUAAAAGAUGUCAAGAAACUCAAAAUAAAGCAGUGUCAGAAUCUGGAACGAGUGUACAACAGCAAAACCAACAAUCAAAAAUCAAGUAUGACUGGUACCAAACAGAAUCUCAAGUAAUCAUUACACUUAUGAUCAAGAAUAUUCAGAAGAAUAACAUAAAAGUGGAGUUUUCAGAAAACGAGUUGUCUGCAGUGGUGAAUCUUCCAUCUGGAGAGGAUUAUAAUUUAAAACUUUCACUUAUUCAUCCUAUAGUACCUGAACAGAGCACCUUUAAAAUACUUUCAACAAAGAUUGAAAUAAAAAUGAAAAAGUCAGAGGCUGUAAGAUGGGAGAAGCUGGAGGGACAUAGAGAUGUACCUAAACCCAAACAAUUUACACCAGAUUCAAACAUGUAUCCGUCAUCCUCUCAUUAUACAAGGAAUUGGGACAAAUUAGUUGGUGAGAUCAAGGAAGAAGAAAAGAAUGAAAAAUUAGAAGGAGAUGCAGCUUUAAACAAAUUAUUUCAGCAGAUCUAUUCAGAUGGUUCUGAUGAAGUGAAACGUGCCAUGAACAAGUCAUUUAUGGAGUCUGGAGGCACUGUUCUGAGUACCAACUGGUCUGAUGUAGGUAAAAGGAAAGUUGAUGUUAAUCCUCCUGAUGACAUGGAAUGGAAAAAGUUCUAAAUAAAUCAGUUUGCUAUCAA